AUGACUAAAGAAGUAAAAACAUUUCUGAUCCCAAACGAUUUAUGUAGAAGAGCUGGCAUUGCAGUAACUUGGCUUCCCAUUGAUCAAAUAUCAGUAUUUGCUUAUGAAAGAAAAAAUAUUCACCAGAAAGAUCAACCCAGUCACUUCUCAUCAAAUAAUCAAACUUCUAUCUUCCACUUGAGACAAGAUGUAGUUCUUUUCCAUCCCAUACUACGCAAAUUGGUUAAUGAAUCACAUGGUGUAUUCCUAGCUGUGCAAACGUUGAUGACUAGCAAAACAGUCAACCAAAGAAUAGAAUUGUUCAAGCUCAGUAGGCAGUAUAGAUCCAUAAUACGUGCAUGUCUGGAAAACUUGCAAGAUGAGAUAAUGAAAUCUGGAGAUGGUGUAGAAAAAGAAGAGUUACAGAAUUACAUUACAGUAUUUUACUCAAUUGAAUGUAUCUGGCACUUGUGUGAAAUAUUAUUUGUUGAAGUUAUGCCAGGAAAUCUUGUUCUAACACAAUUGUUAGAAUGGAUUCGAUUUCAUUUCCCAAAAUAUGAAAGGAAUGCAGCUACAAUGUUGUCUGGAGACUUAACUGGACUUGAAUCUCAGCCUGAGUAUUGGGAAACUGUUUUGGGAAAUUUGUUACAAGGCAGGAUCAAAGUUGUAAGGGUGUUGUUGAGACAACAUUCUGCUUCUGAUAGUAGCAUAUUCAAAUUGGUUGAUCAUGUCUUCAAAGCUAUGCCUUUAUGUAAUGGUUCUAAUGGUCCAUCAAUCAAUGACUUCAACAUGCAGUGGAGACAUUGGACAAUGGAUGUUCAGUCCAAGAUAGAUGCUAAAUUAUUCACUUCUGAAAAACAUCUAGAUUUGAUGAUGAGGCUGGUAGUAGGAGAAGAACAAGCGUGGAUUGAAAUUCAAGACCAGUGUGAGGCCUGGUAUGAAUAUUUAGCUGGAUGGUUGUUUUUCACUGAACCAACAGUAAAACCCUUUGAACUGGGACAGUUUGCAAAGAGAAGUAUAACAAAAAUGAGAAUGAAUCAUCAUAUGAAACACUUGGAUAGAGUAUUGUUGGCAGCCAUGGAAUUUGACAUUUUUCAAGUAAUCAAGGAAAUUCAGUACAUGCCUGAGAAUGGUUGGUUUGUUAGCCACUUAACGGAUCUACUUCAUCACUGUGAAAGACUUUCAAGUUUAGAAAAAGAAGUAGAGAAUUUCUCGGCCGAAAAGCUACGUGAAUCUUUUAUACUGGACUAUGCGGUCACUCUAAUGGGCCACAAAUCUUUGUGGCAAGUAGGAUUAACUUAUUUAGAUAACUGUCCAAACGAUGGCCUUCAAGUGAUCGAACUACUUCUACCUAGGAUACAUAUCGAUACGGAAUCUAAAGCACUAAAAAUUAUCCGAGAGGCUAAAAAUAGAGGACUAAAUUCUGUUGUUCAGUGCAUCUGUAAAGUCCAAGGAAUGAUCUCGAUGAAGAGGGGAAGACUCGGGAACGCUCUAUCUUGGGCUUUGAAGUCACAAGAUGGGCCGUUCACCUCUUUCUUGGCCGACAAAUUCUUGCAGGAAUAUAUCAAAAGUGGAAGAUUAGACAGUAAAGAUUUACUAGACAAUCUCGGAUCCUGCAUGCUUGUCAGUGAUAGGCUUAUAUUCUUAGGAAAGUAUUAUGAGUUCCAGAAACUCUACCAAUCUGGUGAAUACAGGGAAGCAUCAAUGUUACUAAUUUCCCUAAUGGCAUCAAAAAUAAUUCCAAAAUAUUUCUGGUAUAUUUUACUUCUUGAGGCAAUUCCAUUACUGGAGAGUGAAGAAUUACUAUUUUCUUCGAAUGAUACCUUCACAAUCAUCCACUGCCUGGAAGAAAAAGAACAUCUUCCAGAGUUGAAAGAAAAAAUCGAAAUUUUAAGGUUAGCUGCUGCUAGAAAUUUGUCUCGAGCGUUAACAUAUGAAGCACAAACUAUUAAUUAUUGA